UUGUCAGAUGAUGACUGGUUGAAAAUGUUUUCUAGGAAGACUCUUGAAGAGAGGAAAGAGGAAGAAGGGUCAGAGCCUCCCAAAGUGGAAACCCAGGAGGGAGAGCCCGCUGUAAAAAAGGCCCAGUUAAACCCUCAGGUGUACAUGGAUAUCAAGGUCAGGAACAAGCCAGCAGGCCGCAUCCAGAUGCUCCUGCGUUCAGACGUCGUUCCCAUGACAGCAGAGAACUUCCGCUGCCUGUGCACCCAUGAGAAGGGCUUUGGCUUCAAGGGCAGCAGCUUCCACCGCAUCAUCCCCCAGUUCAUGUGCCAGGGCGGCGAUUUCACCAGCCACAAUGGCACUGGGGGCAAGUCCAUCUACGGGAAGAAGUUUGACGAUGAAAACUUUAUUCUGAAACACAUGGGACCAGGCCUGCUCUCCAUGGCCAGCUCUGGCCCAAACACCAACGGUUCCCAGUUCUUCCUGACAUGUGACAAGACGGACUGGCUGGACGGCAAGCACGUGGUAUUUGGGGAGAUCACGGAAGGCCUGGAUGUCUUGCGGCAGAUUGAGGCCCAGGGCAGCAAGGAUGGGAAACCCAAGCAGAAGGUCAUCAUCUCCGACUGUGGGGAGUACGUGUGAGAGGGCAGCUGUCAGCCCGGGGAACCGGCAGCCAAGGUGUCCCGUUUGCAGCAAGCAGGGCUUUGUGUCCUGGCCCUUCCUUGGGGUCAGCGUGGGGCAGCUCCUCUGCAGGCACGGCCUGGGCCGCCUCUGGCUCUUCCCCAAGUGGGGCCGUGGGCCAGGGUGGUGCCCUCCCCACCGUGGACGGCUGUGUGUGCCCUUUCCAGGCCAGGGCCUCUCCUGGGCCCGCCUGUGUGGAUCUUGGCUGUGUCUUCUGGUAAAAUUAAUCCUAGUUCUUGUACUGCUGCCACGCAGCCAGGUCCCAGGUGUUUUCAGAGGUUGCACCUGUGACUGACCUGUCCUGCUGCAACGGAUGACAGACCGUAGUCCCUCCCGUGCUGCUUCCCUCCUCUCCAGGCUGGCCCAGAAGGCACACCCUUGCCAGACCUGCAGGGCAGCUGAGGUCAGAGCUGCUGCAGCAGUGCCUCUGUGUCCUGUCUCUGACCUGCUGCCAGGCGGGCGAGGUGGCUGAGCCAGGCCCCGUUCCUGCCCUCACACCUGCUGGUCUUGAGUCUAAUGGGCACAGUGGUCCGUCUCAGCGACCCGUUCACUUAUUGUUCCUUCGGUGAACCAACAG